ACAUUUUAACAGUUGAAGUUGACAAAACAAACGAUAAGAUAAUCAAAUUUAAUUAAAAGUAUAGAACGUGUUAUUAAAUUAAAAACAAUGAAGUGCAUUUUGUUCAGUGUAUUUUUGGUGGUUUUACCCACUGCUCUAUUGGCUGAGAAUAUUUUCAAAAUCAAUAUUUCUCCCGAAGAAGCCCAACAGUUUCUUAAUCAAGCCGGUCUUCGUGGCUUAAACAACAUUGAGUACGCACCCAAGACUGGUGAGAAUCCCCUGCCCGAGGCACGCAAUGAAAAGGGAGAAUUUGUCUAUAUGGGACGCGUUAUUGAACAUCCAGAAGAGUAUGUAGAAGAACAUUAUGAUGCCCAUCAGUAUCAUGGUCAAGAUGGUUUGGGUCAGUACGUAUACGGUUACAAGGACUGGAAUCAGGGUAAAAACGAAAAGAAAGACGCUGAUGGUACCGUCAGUGGCACCUACAAAUACGUCCAACCCCAUGGUCGUGACUUUGUGGCCAACUACUAUGCCGACAAGACCGGUUUCCAUGUGGAAGACAAUCGUCCAGCUUACUUGAAAACACCAGCCACCAAGACCCCAGCUGUUCUCAAGGCCGAAGAGGAACAUUUCAAGUUGUGGGGUGAAUUAGCUGCCGCCAAUGGUCACAGUCCCGAUCCUUAUGCUGCCGAAUAUCAAACACAAGAAGGUCGCUAUGAACCCUCUGCCGCCGAACAACAAGAAUAUGUCCAUCAAGAACCACCCUAUGUGCCUGGACCCGAAGAGAAGGGUGACCCCAAGGGCUUCUUCUAUGCCUUCGAUUAUAAUGUACCAUUGUUGCGCAACAAGCAGGAACGUGCUGAAUUAGAACAAUUGCGUUCUGUUAACAAUAAGGAUUAGAGCGUUCACAGAUUGAGGUUGAAUUAUAAACGAAACAAACCAGAAAACUUUCAUUAGUAAAAUCAUAACAAAUAUAUGUAUAUUUAUUUAAUUUUUGUAAUAAUUUUAUUUAUUUAUUUUUUAUAAAACCCAUAUACAAAUGUACCUCAUAGUGUUGUAAAUAAAAACUAUACGAAUUACAUUCGACAUAAAAAAAAAACAAAAA